CUCUCUCUCUCUCUUUGAUUUUUUUUGAAAAAAAAUCUUUUGUCUCUUUUUGGCGGUCGGAGGUUGACGACGGCGGUGUGCUGGGAGACAGUGGUCCCUAAUCGGGUUGAGCGGUCCCAGGGUUACUCAUUGAAGCUGUGACCAGACAGGAUGGGUUUGGUGGCCAGCUGUUUUGGCGGGCUUGCCGCUUAUGCCGCCGAGUCGGUUGCCUGCUGCUGUGGCUCGGCAGCUUGCUCGCUCUGCUGCCGCAGCUGUCCGUCUUGCACCAACUCGACAUCGACGCGUAUUACUUACGCCAUUCUCUUCUUUCUGUCGUCCAUCGCGGCUUGGAUCAUGCUGGACAAGGACGUUAGCAAGGGUCUGAUGAAGGUUUGUUGUUACCAUUCAACCCUGUUUCGUCUUGUCCUGUUCACUCAGCCUGCAAUCAAGACGACGACCAAUGUCGUGCCUUGGGGCGAGCUGGGCGUGAUGCGCAUCAUGUUUAGCGUGUGCCUCUUCCAUCUCUUCCUGUCCCUCUGCACCAUCGGUGUCUCGUCAUCCAAGGAUCCUCGCUCUUCUCUGCACAACGGAAUGUGGUUUAUCAAGUUGAUUCUACUUGUUGGUGCCAUGGUGGGCUCUUUCUUCAUUAGCAACUCUUUCUUCAUUGGUGCGUCCUGGUCCUGGAUUGGCCUCGUCGGCGCCGUUCUCUUCAUGAUCGUUCAGUUUAUCCUUCUUGUGGAUUUUGCCUACUCGUGGAAUGACUCGUGGGUCGGCAAGCUUGAAGAAGGAUCCAAAUGUGCUGGUUUUGGUUCGUAUCGGCUCAUCUCGGCCACGGUGAUGUUGAUGGCUUUUGUUAUUACUUUGACGGUGCUCAUGUUUCACUUUUAUACCAACGGUGACUGCAAGCUGAGCAACUUUUUCAUCGGCUUUAAUCUAGCGCUGGCACUGCUGGUGACGUUGACUUCCAUGCUCCCCUCGGUCCGCGAAGCAUUGCCUUCCUCUGGCAUUCUGCAGUCCAGCGUUGUUGCUGCCUACGCCACCUAUCUUGUGUGGUCUGCCGUGUCUGGUGUUCCCAGUACGUGUCACCCACUGAUUGCUGUGGCCCCUCUUUUCCUGAGCUCACGUGGAUUCCUCCCUCCCCUUCCCUACGUUGCUUUGAAACCAGCCGAGUGCGGCGGCGAUGCUGGUACAAACACGGCUGCCAUUGUUAUCGGUGCUCUCUUGACAUUUAUUUCAGUGGCCUACUCCUCGAUCCGCACGAGCUCCAAGUCGCAGUUGGGCAAGCUCGGCCUUCAGCAGGGCAGCAAUGAGAACAUCUACUUGAUGGACGACAAGGCGGCUGACUUUGACGAGGACGACGAAGAUCGUCGUUUGCAGCGCGUCGUGGACAACGAGCAGGACGCUGUCCGGUACAGCUGGUCUUUCUUCCACUUGACUUUUGCCGUUGCCGCUCUCUACCUUAUGAUGGUCCUGACCGAGUGGGAUUCGUCCGACGCAGAUGUUCGUAUCGGCAAGGGCUGGGCCUCGGUUUGGGUGCAGGUCGUGAGCUCCUGGGUCAUCUUUUUGCUUUACGGCUGGACCAUGAUGGCUCCAGUGUGUCUGCCAGAUCGCGACUUCUCUUAACUGUAGUCAUGGUUUCUUGCCUCUCCGCCAAAUGGCCCACAUCCCGUUGGAGCUGGGUCGAUGAGAAGUUUUCUUGAUGUCGUGCAUAUCUUUGUCCGCGUGCUAUCAACCUUGGCUUGGUGAAAAAAUGUGUAGCCAUUCUCGCUUGCUGUUUUGAUGGACUCAUUGUGUCGUGUCACUGUUUGUUUCUCGUCUGGCGUUUUGCUCAAAGCGACCUGGGUUGUGUGAUGAAAGCAAGUUGAUGUCGAUGUC